AUGCCUAUCAUGCACCCAAUCACCUCCAAUUUGAUGUACCGGGGCAUCUGCACCAUCCCAGACAUGCUCGCCUACCGAGCCCCGGUCAACCUGCCCGAGGACGAGGUGGAAGAGAUUCGCGAGGCGUUCAAGGUAUUUGACCGUGAUGGGAAUGGCUUCAUCUCGAAGCAAGAGCUGGGCAUGGCCAUGAGGUCUCUGGGGUACAUGCCCAAUGAGGUGGAGCUGGAGGUCAUCAUACAGAGACUGGACAUGGACGGUGAUGGUCAGGUGGAUUUCGAAGAGUUUGUCACUCUCCUCGGACCCAAGCUGACAGCAGCCGGAAUGCCAGACAAGUUCCACGGAACCGACUUUGACUCUGUGUUCUGGAAGACUGACAUGCAGAAGCUGACGGUAGAGGAGCUGAAGAGGCUGCUGUAUGAUACAUUCUCCGACCACCUCACCAUGAAGGAUAUCGAGAACAUCAUCAUGACCGAGGAGAGUCACAUAGCGAACCCAGGGGCCUGCCAGGUGGAUAUAGACACAGCUAGUCCAACGCAGCAAGUCAAGCAGACGUGUGUACGCAAGAGCCUGAUAUGUGCUUUUGCCAUCGCUUUCAUCAUCAGCGUCAUGCUUAUCGCAGCCAAUCAGGUGCUUCGGAGUGGCAUGAAGUAG